ACGCCCCCUCCCACCGCCCUCCGUCUCCAGGGUGACGCGCGCCGCCAUUUGGGCGUGAGGCGGUGCCGUGGCAACUUCCGGCCAGGCCCAGCCCCGCUCCCCCGGCCCAGCCCCGGCCCCGCGGAGCUCCUGAGGCGGAGGUGGAGCGGGACGCGCAGGGUCCCCCCGCGGCGGCCGCGGCCGCCAUGGCCGCCGUGUGGCAGCAGGUGCUCGCCGUGGACGCGCGGUACGCGGCGUACCGCACGCCGCAGCUGCCGCAGUUCCGCACGCAGUACGUGCGGCGGCGCUCGCAGCUGCUGCGGGAGCGGGCGCAGGGCGGGCACCUGGCGGGCGAGGCGCGGCGCUGGUACCUGCGGCUGCGGGCGCGGCUCCUGGCGCAGCGCUACGGCGCCCUGUCCGAGGCGGGCAGCUGCCGCAGCGCCCUGCGCGCCAGCCGCACCACGCUGGACCGCAUGGAGGAUUUCGAGGAGGACCCGCGGGGGUCCCGGGGCCACCGGCGCUCCCUGAGCCGCAGCUCCGGCCCGGGGGGGCUGCGGGGGGGCCCUGACGAGCGCCCCCCCGGGGUGGUGCCCACCCCCCUGGCCGAGGCCAGCCGGGCCAUGGCCGGGGACACCACCCUGAGCGAGAACUACGCCUUCGCGGGCGUGUUCCACGUCUUCGACCAGCACCUGGACAGCGCAGUGCGCAAGGUGCAGUUUGCCCACGACGAGCGGCACCUGCUGGCGUGCUGCUCUCUGGACGGGACGCUGUCCGUGUGCCGCCUGGCCCCCGGGCCCCCGGCCGUGCUGCGGCGGCUCCGCGGCCACGGCGCCGGCGUCUCCGACUUCGCCUGGUCGCUGUCCAACGACGUGCUCGUGUCCGCCUCGCUGGACGGGACCCUGCGCCUCUGGGACCCCGGGGACGGGCGCUGCAUCCGCCGCGUGCCGGACCCCGACGGGGCCGCGCUGCUGUGCUGCGCCUUCCAGCCCCUGAACAACAACCUGACCGUGGUGGGCAGUGCCCGGCACAUGGUGCGGGUGGUGAACAUCUCCACGGGCAAGGCGGCUCGGGGCGGCACCGGGCGCCUCCCCGGGCGCGUCCUCGCCCUCUGCUUCGACGCCCCCGGGCGCGUCCUGUGGGCCGGGGACGACCGCGGCUCCGUGUCCUCGUUCCUGUGCGACCCCGGCACCGGCCGGCUGACCAAGGCCUCGCGGGUGCUGGUCCAGGCCGGCGGCUCCAUCACGUCGCUCUCGGCCCGGGCCUGGGCCAGCCGGGAGGCGCCGGACCCGUCACUGCUGGUGAACGCCUGCCCCGACCGCCUGCUGCUCUUCCGGGUGGUGGAGGACGAGGGGGGCUCGGGCGCCCCGGGGCUGCGGCUCCGGCGCAGUUUCCCCACGCGGCACCGGGAGCAGCCCCUGAGGAGCUGCUUCUGCCCCCUGAUGUCCUUCCGGCAGGGAGCCUGCGUGGUGACGGGCAGCGAGGACGCCUCCGUGCACUUCUUCGACGUGGGGCGCGCGGCGCGGGCCACGGUGAACACGCUGCAGGGCCACGGCGCCGCCGUGCUGGCCGUGGCCUUCAACUGCGACGAGUCCCUGCUGGCCUCGGGGGACGCCGCCGGCACCGUCAUCGUCUGGCGGCGCCAGCACGCCUGAGGCGCCCCACAUCCCCACGGGGAGCCCCCAGAUCUGCCUGGAAAUACCCCCAGAGUACCCCAAAAUACCCCAAAAACCAGCCCGAAAUGCCA